UUAAAAUCGGAGAAAAAGAGGGGUUGAAGAUGGAGGAAGAAAGGAGAUGGCGAAUGUAUUGGUACAAGCAUAUCCUUCCAUUUGCAGCCAUGGUGGCCGCCGAAUCUGGGAACGUAGUGGUCAACAUCUUGUUCAAAGCUUCCACUUCCAAGGCCAUGAUGAGCCACUACGUCUUCAUCACUUAUGCUUAUGCGAUUACUGCCCUCGUUCUCUUCCCUUUACCUUUCAUCUUCUACAGUGGAAGAGUGGUUUCUACUUUGAAAUUCCAUAUUGGCUCCAGAAUUUGCCUUAUUGGGCUCACUGGGUUUUUAGGUCAGAUAUGUGCAUAUAAAGGUAUAGAAUACAGCUCCCCAACUCUUGCUUCAGCAGUCAGAAAUAUCUCACCAGCUUUGACCUUCAUUCUUGCUGUUCUUUUCAGGAUGGAGAAAGUAGCAUUGAGAAGUAUAAUCAGUCAAGCUAAAAUAAUGGGAACCAUAGUAUCGGUAUGCGGUGCAUUAGUAGUAGCACUUUGUAAAGGCCCCGAAGUGUUUUCAUCAUCAUCAUCUGUUUUACAUCAACGGUUUCUGGGAUCGUCGGAAUCUAAUUGGAGAGAUGGUGGACUCUUGCUUGUCGUUGCCUAUCUUCUGUUUUCCAUCUCCUGCAUUCUUCAGGCUGAGGUGGUGCAGAUAUACAAGCAAGAGUUGAGCAUAGCCUGCUUUUAUAACUUGUUUGCAGCAGUUAUAGCAGUACCAGUAUCCUUAAUGGCAGAACCCGACAUGACUUCUUGGAGGCUAAAACCUACAUUAGUCAUUGUUACGGUCUUAUAUUCGGGAGUGUUUUCAGCGUUGAGCUCUUUAGUGCACGUCUGGGGCAUUCACUUGAAAGGACCGGUCUAUGUUGUAAUUUUCCAACCAUUGUCGAUUGCUAUCGCUGCUUUUAUGAGCGCCAUAUUUCUUGGUGAUCCUCUACAUCUUGGAAGUGUUAUAGGAGCAGUCAUCUUAUCCAUGGGAUUUUACGCUGUCAUAUGGGCGAAAGCUAAAGACGAAAGGAUUGAUGAGGACUCUGGGUUAAGUAGUGUGGGGCACUUGCCCAAUGAUAUGGUCCCUCUAUUGCAAGACCCAAAACCAUACGUGUAGCACUCAAGACAGGAUACAUAUUCAAACAUGACAGUAUUCAAGUACGCUCUUUCAAAUGUGUAAAAUAUCUU